AAGCGUAAGUCAAAAACAGCUGGACACUUGUGUGAACGUAUUUUAAUAGUGGUCGGUGUAGUGAACCGUCAAAUAUGAAAUUGUAAAUUAGUUUUGCAUCGAACGUGUCGUGAUUUACAUUGUUUAGUGUUUUUACCGAAAAACAGUAGACGGUCCUCGAUAUAUUGUUUUAAUGAUGGCCAAGUCAGACGCUUUAACCGAAAUAUGUGCCAUGCUAGAUACCUACGGAGGAAGAGACAAGGUGAUGAAGGCAUUAUGCUAUGCAGCAAAGCUAAUGUCCGGUUUAUACGUUAGCUCUAACGCCGACAAAUCGAAGAAAUUUGCAAUAUUUAGUUCAAAAAUAUCUGGAGCUCGUGCAACAUUAAGACUUAUAGAUGACAUUCCAAUGCUAAAGUAUACCUUAGAAUAUGGUUGGGGACAAAAGGAACCUGAUCGGGCUAUGUCUGUAUUGGGUGUCAUAGCUAAUUUCGUAGACCAUUUGUACUAUCCGAUUGAAAAAAUAUGUUGGCUCAUCGAGCACAAAUUACUAAACGUAACAAAUCCCACCAAAUGGGAUACAUUGAGCUCAGUUUUCUGGGUGUCAUCGAUUUAUUUGAACUUGAUGAGAACAAUGCGAAUGGUUGCAUUAAUCGAACAUCACAAGCAAUGUGUAAGCAGUCAGAAAAGUGAUUCCAGUGCUGCGAUGGAAAAAUUGAUAAACAAUCAGCGCAUGGAAGUCAUAUCAGUGAUAAGACUUAGCUUAGAUUUGAUCCAAGCUGGAAGCACAUUACCGAAAGGUUAUUUAUGGGGUGGUAAGCUGGAGACUUGGCAUGUCGGAUUAGUCGGUACCUUAUCAGCAUUCAUUGGGAUAUAUCAAUAUUUUGCGAAGAAGAAAAUGGCAAAGUAAAUUUUCAUCGCUCUACGAUCAAAAAGUGCCUUAAAAUACUGAGUAUUAAAAUUUCUUUCUUUUAUUUAUAAUUUUGGAUAUUUUGGUUGAUAUUUGAAUUGUUAUUAAGAAUUUAUUAUUAUAAAUCUAGUCAAUCGUUAAA